AUGAUUGUUCAUCAGCAAUUGCCAAUGUCUGUAAACUUGGCUUCUUUUGAUUUUUUAUUAAUUGAAAUGGUGCAUAUGGCCAAACGUUUGUCUGAAAAACAAGAAACGGUAGUUUCGAACGAUGAACGGAUGGAAAAGGGUUAUAGUUUUCUUGAAAACAUUGGUUUUCAAGUAGGUAGAAAGCUUGCAGAAAGGCUUUUAUUGACUAGAAAUCGAAUUGUCGAGAGCAUAGACGUUAUGCGGUUUCUAUGUCGAGAAUUAUGGCCCAUUGUGUUUCGUAAACAGUUGGAUAAUUUGAAAACGAAUCGAAAGGGGACUUUUGUAAUUACGGACAAUUACUUUUUUUGGUUUUCCAAAAUGACAGCUGCCACUGGAACAGAAAUGAAAGAAUAUACAACUCCGUACCUGUAUUUCCCUAGUGGAUUCAUUCGAGGAGUCAUGCAUACUUUUGGGUAUCCAGUACAAGUGAUUGCUCAGUGCCCGAAUCUCCCUACAUGCAUAUUUCAGGUUCGUUUUCCUCAACCUUCAAAUGUUCCAACUACAGAAAAUGCUGCAUCCAACCAGCCAUCAGAAUCAGCGCAAAGUGUUUCCCAACAGAAUACCGAUCUUUCAAGAAUUAGUGGUCGCUCUCUAUCGUCAACUACUUUGGGUGUCAAUAACACACCAUCCCCAUUAAAUCCCACAAAUCCUUCUCAUCCUGAAGAAACCAGUUAA